AUGACAAAAGGAAAAGGUUGGAAAGUGGAUGUUUUGAAAAUGUUAGUGGCUGAAACCAUCCACAGCAUCUGGGGUUAUCGUAAUAGUAUUAUUUUUGGAAACACGGUAGAUAAUACAACCAUGGAUACUAACGUUAUAGAUAAUGUGAUCUAUAGAGGGUGGCAAAACCUUAAAAUUAGGAAGCAUCUUGUUAGUUUUAUGAUGUAA